AUGGGCAAAGGAAAGAGAGGGUGGGGCUCCGCGAAGGCGCUAGGGCCGCUCCAGCUGGCUCCUCUCGCCUCCUCUCGCCUCCUCUCACAACCGGUCGGUCUCAGCCACCGCCCCCGGCACGGCCGGAGCCACCCGCAAGCCGCAGACAAGCUCCGAGUCGCCAAGCUCCGAGUCGCCGCUCGGAGGCUGCUCGGCCUCGUAUGCGACCUUGAGCUUGAGAAUGAAAGAAAACAUAGUCGUGUGACACAAGGGUGAAAACCCACUGUACCAUGAUCAGCCCUGUAGCCCGGAGUACUAUCUGUGACCGAACGCAACUCUUGGGCUGACAACCAUGGCUUCCGUAUGGUAGCAAAUUUAUUCUACUGUAGUGCGACCUCAUCGAGCCCGUACGGCAUCCCUGCGUGUGCCAUAUGGCUCGUCGUUAUAGAGCCAUAAAACGAACCCUAUCGCUCCCAUAUGGCUGCCCGCCGGCCGCCAUAGGGCUCCCCUACCCCGAUGCCUGA